AUGGAAACGGUGGAAGAGGCUCCAGAUGGAGGCUAUGGCUGGGUCGUUGUUGCUGCUGUGGCUGCAAAUAAUGCCCAUCACUGGGGCAUCGUAUCUUGCUACGGAGUCUUCCUCGCUUACUUCCUUUCCCAUUCUCAAUUCUCAGACGGAUCCAGUCUAGACUAUGCCUUUGUUGGUGGCCUGUCUGCAUCUCAGGCCCUUCUGAUUGCACCAAUAGCUGCGAUAAUGAAUCGUCGAUUCGGCUUGAAAGUCACCAUGUUCUUGGCGAUUCUGUUUGAGACAGCUGCCCUCUUGGGUGCGCCAUGGAGCAAUCAAAUCGGGCGGCUCUAUCUGAGUCAAGGCAUUUGCUUUGGCUGGGGACUGGGUCUACAAUACGUAUCAACAAUCACCAUCAUUCCGCAGUGGUUCACGGAGAAACGGAGCCUCGCAGCAGGAAUUGUGGCUGGUGGAAGUGGCACGGGUGGUUUGAUCUAUUCGCUUACGGUCAAUGCAAUGCUGGAACAGUUCGGUACUGGAUGGACAUUUCGCGUCUUGGCUAUUGUACAGUUGAUUGUCAACAGCUUAUGCGCACUGAUUCUGCGUGAUCGCGAUACAUUGACUGGGGCUAAAACAUCCACCAUUACGCUUCGUCAACUUUCCAAGCAGUAUGAGCUUUGGCUUUUUCUUGGAUGGAGCUUUUUCAGCGUCAUGGGUUUUAUGGUGAUCUGGUAUUCCCUGGAUGAUUUCUCCAGGAGUAUUGGAUUGAGUGCUCAUUAG